AUGGGUAAAGGGGCUCAUAAGAAGCCGAGAGGCAAAAUGUCAUCUGCUUUCUCUGUGCAAACCUGCCUGGAGGAGCACAAGCAGCAGCACCCAGAUGCUUCCGUCAACUUCUCAGAGUUUUCUAAGAAGUGCUCAGAGAGGUGGAAGACCAUGUCUGCUAAAGAGAAAGGAAAAUUUGAAGACAUGGCCAAAGGUGGGCAGGCCCAUUAUAAAAGAGAAAUGAAAACUCGUAUCUCUCCUAAAAGGGAAACCAAAAAGCAAUUCAAAGAUCCCAAAGCACCUAAGAGGCCUCCUUUGGCCUUUCUCUUGUUUUGUUCUGAAUAUUAUCCGAAAACAAAAGGAGAGCUCCUGGCCUCCAUUGGUGAUGUUGCAAAGAAGCUGGGAGAGGUGUGAAGUAACACUGCUGGAGGUGACAAGUAGCCUGAUGAAAACAAAGGUGGCUAAACUGAAACAUGG